CACACUCAUAUAUUGCGAAGUCGAGUACAGGGCCACGGGACAGAACGCACAACCUAGACUACGACGAGGAAAUUCUGUCUCCGGCAUGGAGAUCCAUGCUCGACAUGGCUGGCUUCAACAAAUAUUUACAUGGGAAACGGCCUGGUUGCUAUCUGCGUUGUGCCUGGCGCUGUUCACUUUCCUGCGCUUCGUGCGAUCUUUAGCGGGACGCCGCCAGGAUGAUUCCAAACGUCUACCUCCUGGACCAAAGGGUGUACCAAUAUUAGGCUACAUACCCUUCAUGCGGAAACCACUUCAUAUAAUUUUCCACGAGCUCAGCAAACAGCAUGGACCGAUUGUGAGGCUUCGCCUUGGCUGCAAGGACGUGGUUGCACUAAACGACCUGGAGUCCAUCCGAGAAGGACUGUCAAAUCCCGACUUGCUCUACAGGCCAGGACGAUUUCAUCUUUCGUUACCUGGGGACAAGAGUGCGCUACUUGGAAGGUACCGCGAUCAACCUGUACGGCGCAUCGACAAACACUGUACGAAGCAGCAUACUCUGGAAUUUGUAUAUCGCUGCAAACGAUCCAGACGGCCACCAGAAACACUUCAGUGUGAAAUCGACCGUGCAGUUGGCCGGAACAGGUCACCUGAGUGGAAAGACCGGCACAGCAUGCCAUACACGAUGGCCUCCAUACUGGAGACUCUACGGUGGCGGACCCUAGCACCUUUGAGCAUACACAGAGCCGCAGGUCGUGACACUGUCAUCGGUGGGUAUCGCAUUCCUGCUGGCACCUUGGUAGUGCCUAACCUUUGGAGCUUGCACAACGACCCCGCCCACUGGGUCGACCCCUCCAAGUACGACCCAACGAGAUUCCUCAACGCUGAUGGCACGAUGGUCAAUGAGAAGCCGCAAGCAUUUGCUCCUUUCAGUCUGGGAAGACGUGCUUGUCCAGGUGAAUCGCUGGCUCUGAUGGAAAUAUUCCUGUACGUGACCAUAGUGCUUCAAAAGUUCAAGGUGCUUCCCGAGCAAGGUGCCACGCUUUCCCUCGACGUUCAGCUCGUUCUCGUGGCAGCCCCAAACGACGAACAAGGCUUGCGUUUUAUCCCACGAUAAAUUAUUUCCAUAGUUCUUGAAACUGGUCGUACAGUAGUGUCGAGCAAGUUUGAC